AAAACCCUAAUCCCGCCGGCGCAAUGACAGAGAUCGAAGAAGUCCCAGCCGCCGAAACCGGAGACUACAUGAUCAAACCCCAAAGCUUCACCCCAACCAUCGACACCUCCCAAUGGCCCCUCCUCCUCAAAAACUACAACCUCCUCAACGUCCGCACCGGCCACUACACUCCCCUCCCCUCCGGCCACUCCCCUCUCAAGCGUCCUCUCCUCGACUACAUCCGCUACGGCGUCAUCAACCUCGACAAACCCUCCAACCCUUCCUCCCACGAGGUCGUCGCCUGGAUCAAACGCAUCCUCCGCGUCGAGAAGACCGGACACAGCGGGACCUUAGACCCUAAAGUCACCGGCAACCUCAUCGUCUGCAUCGACAGAGCUACUCGGCUCGUGAAGUCUCAGCAGGGAGCGGGGAAAGAGUACGUCUGUGUUGCUCGUCUUCACUCCGCUGUUCCCGAUGUGGCUAAGGUGGCGAGGGCGCUCGAGUCUCUUACCGGAGCUGUGUUUCAGAGACCGCCUUUGAUCUCUGCUGUCAAGAGACAGCUGAGGAUUAGGACGAUUUAUCAGAGUAAGUUGCUUGAGUAUGACGCGGAUAGACAUUUGGUUGUGUUUUGGGUUUCUUGUGAGGCGGGGACUUAUAUUAGGACAAUGUGUGUUCACUUGGGGUUGUUGCUCGGUGUUGGUGGGCAUAUGCAAGAGCUUAGGAGGGUUAGGUCUGGGAUCUUGGGUGAGAAUGAUAACAUGGUUACGAUGCAUGAUGUGAUGGAUGCUCAGUGGAUGUUUGAUAACUACAAGGAUGAGAGUUAUCUCAGGAGGGUGAUUAUGCCUCUUGAGGUUAUAUUGACGAGUUACAAGAGGCUUGUUGUGAAGGACUCUGCUGUUAAUGCGAUUUGUUAUGGUGCUAAGCUGAUGAUUCCUGGGUUGUUGAGGUUUGAGAAUGAUGUUGAUGUUGGCACUGAGGUUGUUUUGAUGACGACUAAAGGUGAGGCGAUUGCUGUUGGGAUUGCUGAGAUGACGACGUCGGUGAUGGCUACGUGUGACCAUGGUGUGGUGGCGAAGAUCAAGCGGGUGGUGAUGGAUAGAGACACUUACCCGAGGAAGUGGGGGUUGGGGCCUCGAGCUUCGAUGAAGAAGAAGCUUAUUGCUGAUGGGAAGUUGGAUAAGCACGGGAAGCCGAAUGAGAAAACGCCUGUUGAGUGGAGCAGGAACGUGGUUUUGCCUACUGGUGGUGAUGCUAUGAUCGCUGGUGCUGCUGCCGCUCCUGAGAAGGUUGAGGCUGAGAGUGGAGAAGUGCGCAAGCGUAAGCUUGAUGAGAGCAGUGACAGCCCUGCGCCUGUGUCUACCAAGAAAGCCAAAACAAAAGAUGUUGAGGUUGAAGAGAAGGUGAAGUCUGAGAAGAAGGAGAAGAAGAAGAAGAAGGACAAGGAGGAGGAUAAAGAAGAGUUGGCAACACCAAAGUCUGAGAAGAAGAAGAAAAAGAAGAGCAAGGAGACAGAUGAAGCUGCUGCUGCGGUUAAUGGUGAAGAUGAAUCACCAGCAGAGAAGAGUGAGAAGAAGAAGAAGAAAAAGAAGGACAAGGAGACAGAUGAAGCUGGUGGUGGUGAAUCAGCAGAGAAGAGUGAGAAGAAGAAAAAGAAGGAGAAGAAGAAGAAAAGCAAAGACAGCGACGAUGAAUAAUGAGAUGAGUUUGUGUUAUGCUACUCUUUAAGUUUUGAAUCUUUUUGUUUUAUGGUAUCUAUUCUGGAAAAAGUGAGACAAAAGGCAUUUAUGCUUGUAUCCAAAGUCUCACUUCAGAUUAGUUUUGUUUUUUUAGUUUUUAUGUUAUGUUUGUCCUUUUAUCUGUGAGAUUCGUUUCACUUAGCUAUGAACUUUAUGAAUAUGAUGAUUAUGGUUUAUGGGUUC